AUGGGGCCUUUGGGACGUCUGGUCGUCAUAAAACGGACUGGGAAUGAUGGGACCCAUUUUCCUUUGUGUCGUGACACCUGUUCCUUUGGAAGGGGCAUCGACUGUGACAUCCGCAUCCAGCUGCCUGUGGUCUCCCAGCAGCACUGCAGGAUCGACAUCCAGCAGCAGGAGGCACUAUUGAUUAAUUUCAGUACUUCUAAUCCAACACAAUUAAAUGGAGCCCCUAUCAAUGAGCCAGUCAAACUCAAACACGGAGACAUAAUAACCAUUAUUGACCGCUCUUUCAGUUUCCCAGCACCUGGAGCGGCACCCGCAGUAACAACCUAUGACUCACCCGCGUACAUACGUGAAAAUAAGAAUGAAGAAAUGUCAUUCAAGAGACGCAGGGUCUCCUUUGGUGGUCGUCUCAGGCCUGAGUUGUUUGAUGAGAAUUUGCCACCUAACACCCCUCUCAAACGAGGAGAAGCGCCUGGAAAACGCAAAUCUCUUGGGACCCCAGCUCCAACUGUUCUGAAGAAGAUCAUGAAGGUACGUCAGGAACAGUCUCCAGCACCAGGAAAAGGAACGGCUUCUGCAGAGAUUCGUGGCAAGUCAUGGGCAGAUGUAGUAAAGUUGGGCACUAAAAAACAAGAAGUGAAAAGUGUACAGCAAGGUCCUCAUAAACCCAAAAGUAAAAAACGAAAAAGGAACCGUACUCCACAGAAGCCUCUGGAACAUGUUGAAAAUCCCUUCAGCACAGGCCACGCAACUUCUCCCUGCACGAUAAUAAUCGGGAGAGCACACGUUGACAAAGUGAGCCUUCCUGCUCCCCGUUACAGAAUACUAAACAACUUCAUUUCAUACCGGAAGCAAAUGUAUACUGAAGAUUUUUCAGGACUGACAGAAAUGUUCCAAACCCCAGGGAAGGAAAAGGCAAAGAGAACCAGCAUGAGUCCUGGCACGGUGCACCCAGAUCUCCAGGCAGUCAACUCAAAACUCAGCACAGAUGCCAAAGAGAGGCCAGAACCUCGGGUGGGUGUGAACAAACAUCUGAGAAAUUCCACCAAGAAAACAGCCCAAGUGGAAGAGCCAACAGGUUUCAAGACCCGAGGGAGAACACGGAAACAUCCAUAUGAGCGGGCCGGUGAUCGGAAGCUCCAGAAGACUCCUCAUGUGUACCCAGAAGAAGAUGGCACACAGGUUGCCAUGUUUCCAACAGUGAAUGAUUCUGAAACCGUUCACAUCAGUCGAGGUGGGAAAAAGACCCUGAGGAACUCCCAAAAGUCACCCUCCGCAGAUGAAGCUCUCAAAGAACAGACCGUGGCCUCCAGAUCCAGGGGACGAAGUAGAAGGGAUGUGCGAUUGCCGGCUGGUUUCUCAGAGGGGAUGCCAACAGAGGAGCAUGAGCAGCCAGUGAAGAGUCUGCAGGAAAAGAGCAAACCUACAGGGGAAGCUAAGAAGGUGCUCAGAUCUAGGAGGAAACUCAACACUCACUCUGACCUGGUGACACCCUCAGCUGAGACCUCCCCUAAGGAGACAGAGUCUCGGGUCACACGCUCAGCUGAGGCCUUCCCUACGGAGACAGAAUCUCAGGUCACACGCUCAGCUGAGGCCUUCCCUACAAAGACAGAGCCUCGUGUCACACGUUCAGCUAAGGCCUUCCCUACGGAGACAAAGCCUCAUGUCACACGCUCUGCUGUGACCACCCCUAUGGAGACAGAGUCUUGUGUCACAUGUUCAGCUGAGGCCUUCCCUACGGAGACAAAGUCUCGUGUCACACGUUCAGCUAAGGCCUUCCCUACGGAGUCAAAGCCUCGUGUCACACGCUCAGCUGCGACCACCCCUAUGGAGACAGAGUCUUGUGUCACACGUUCAGCUGAGGCCUUCCCUACGGAGACAAAGCCUCGUGUCACACGCUCAAGGGAGGCCUUCCCUGCAAAGACAGAGCCUCGUGUCAGACGCUCAGCUAAGGCCUUCCCUGCAAAGACAGAGCCUCGUGUCACACGCUCAAGUGAGGUCGUCCCCGUGGACCCUGAAGAGUCUCGUGUGACACGUUCAGCUGAGGCCUUCCCUGUGGAGACAGGAGAGUCUCAUGAUCCAUCCAGCACAGCAGCCAGAGUGGCCGUGAAAAGGGAUGAGGAGGAGGCGGAAGCAGUCACCCAUCCCGUGGACAAAGCCUCAAAGAAGAGAGUUGCAACUCGAGGGCUGCGAUCUAGACGUGGACCCAGUGCUCUGGACAUUCCUAGUCCACCUGACACGUGUAAGACGACUGAAUCCGGGGAGGCCAGGAGGACACGCGGGGUGAGACACCCGGAACCGGCCAAACAAGUGGCACAAGAGCAGGAGAGCAGUGUGGAGGUGAAGACGAGACAGCGGGGUAAACGUCUCGGAAAGGAAGCGCAGCCCGCACCCUCCCUACCCACAAUCCAGGAGGAGACAGGCUACACUGACAAGGACGACGAUGCAGACGGAAGCAUUCCAACGCAAGAUGGUCAAGGCCUACGCUCUAGAAGGAGGAAGAAAGUCAGCACAGAGCCGGAGGGACACAUGAGUGUAACAAGUCCAACAGAAACCAAGCCCCCAGAGAAGCCUGCUGCCAAAAGCCGGCCGCAGAAAGAAGCUGUCACCUCGGCAGCUCUGCCGUGUGUGCGAUCUGGAAGGCGAAAUAAGGCGCCGGUCAGCACUGCCAGCACCCAGGAGUCUGACCCUGAGCCCAGCGCAGAGAGAGCCCCCUCGGGAAAGAGGGCUGUUGACCCAGCCCCUGAGAAAGUCACAGACGAUAAAGUCACAGGGCUGAGAACUCGCUCUUCAAAGUUGAGAUCUCGAAAUCAGACAAAACCGGAACCAACCAAAAAGACAAGCUGUAACCAGAGUGACAUCAAAUCACUGCCAAGAGUAACACGUGGUUCCAAAAGAGCCAUUUCUGAAGAAACAGCCACCCAGGAUCCCAAGCAGGAUUCGGCCCGAGAGCAUGGGGCGGCCCGCUGGAAGGCAGCAUGA